AAUGCCCCACCAUUAUCAGACACAUUAAAACAUAAUCAUUCCUUCUUUGGGCAUAUCAGUUGUCAGUUUUUCUGCACUUGAGAGCGAGCAGAAACUGCAAUUGACGAGCCGAAACUUGAAAAUUUCCAAACAAGACGUUUGCGCCUCCAAAUGGACCUUCACCAAAGUCAGGACGAAUUUCUGCUGGAAAAUACCGGAGAACAACCAUCUGAGGAUUGGAAAGUAGCCAGAAUCUUUCUAUGGAUCAUAAUUGCAAUUCUGGGUUUUAUUUGCUUCUGUCUUUGCUGGUUUGGCCUGGACUGCAUUUAUAGAAAAGACACUGAGGGCCACUUUCACAUGAUUUAUAUGCUGUAUCAUAUUCUACUGAUACUUUUUGAAGUUCAAUGUUGCAUCAACUGUUUGAAAGAAGAAAGUUUGAUGAAACUUGCUAAAUAUGCCUUUCGAAGUAUCGCAGGAAUGUUAAUUGCGUCUGCCCUUAUUGGAAAAGUGCUAAAGAUUAUACAGUAUUCAUGGGAUUGGGUACUUGGCGUAUGUUUAUUUUGUACAAUAUGUGCCGUCGGUUUCGGAAUCGGGCUCUUGGUCUAUUAUGUGAGAUGGGACUGGCUAAUGGCUAAAAUAAGAAUCAGAAUCAUCAGAAUUUGGCAAAACUGAAGCAAUCU